UGUGCCGUGGUGCGGUGGAGGUUGUAGGUGGUUACAUGUCAAUCUGUUGGACAUUUAAAUACAUUAAACUUUAAUUAUUCUCUCUCUUAUUUCAUUUUUUCUGGAACGUUAAGUGUUCAUCAUGACGUCUCCAGGUUUACCAAUACAUUUUCAAGAGCACUUGCAACUUACUACAGUUGGUAUCAAUGCAGCAAACAUCACUUUUAAUAACCUCACCAUGGAAUCUGAUAAAUUUAUAUGUGUUAGAGAAAAAGUUGGAGAUUCGGCACAGGUUGUCAUUAUCGACAUGAGUAAUCCAACUAAUCCAAUUCGUAGACCAAUAUCAGCCGAUUCUGCUAUAAUGAAUCCUGCUUCUAAAGUUAUUGCAUUGAAAGCUUCAUCAGGAACUAUGAGAACCCUGCAGAUUUUCAACAUCGAAAUGAAGAGCAAAAUGAAAGCCCAUACCAUGAAUGAAGAUGUUGUGUUUUGGAAGUGGAUUAAUGUCAAUACCAUUGCACUGGUUACAGAAACAGCAGUGUUCCACUGGAGCAUGGAAGGCGAGUCUCAGCCAUUGAAAAUGUUUGAUAGACACGCUAGUCUCAAUGGAUGUCAGAUCAUAAAUUACAGAUGUGAUCACAAAUUGCAAUGGUUGCUAUUAAUUGGCAUCUCCGCACAGCAAAACAGAGUGGUAGGGGCUAUGCAGCUAUAUUCUGUUGAAAGAAGAGUCAGUCAACCUAUUGAAGGCCAUGCUGCUGCAUUUGCUCAGUUUAAGUUGGAAGGCAAUCCUGAACCAUCUACAUUAUUUUGUUUUGCAGUAAGAACUGCACAAGGAGGAAAAUUGCAUAUUAUUGAAGUUGGUCAGCCUCCUGCUGGUAAUCAGCCAUAUCCAAAAAAAGCAGUUGAUGUAUUUUUUCCAUCUGAAGCCCAGAAUGAUUUUCCUGUUGCAAUGCAAGUCAGUUCAAAACAUGAUGUUAUAUACCUGAUAACAAAGUAUGGAUAUGUUCAUUUAUAUGAUAUUGAAAGUGCAAUUUGUAUUUAUAUGAAUAGAAUUAGUGGCGACACUAUUUUUGUUACUGCACCUCACGAGGCAACUGCUGGAAUCAUCGGUGUUAACCGCAAAGGCCAGGUACUAUCAGUAAGUGUUGAAGAAGAGAACUUUAUUCCGUACAUCAAUAAUGUUUUACAAAAUCCAGAUCUUGCACUUCGAAUGGCUGUUCGUAAUAAUCUGUCUGGUGCUGAAGACUUAUUUGUUAGAAAGUUCAACACUUUAUUUACAAAUGGACAGUAUGCUGAAGCAGCGAAAGUCGCAGCAAAUGCUCCAAAGGGAAUUUUAAGAACACCACAGACUAUUCAGAGAUUUCAACAAGUCCCCUCUCAAGCUGGACAAACAGCACCACUUUUACAGUAUUUUGGGAUACUUCUUGAUCAAGGGCAAUUGAAUAAGUUUGAAUCUUUGGAACUUUGUCGUCCUGUCUUGCAGCAAGGACGUAAGCAGCUGUUGGAAAAGUGGUUAAAAGAUGAUAAGUUAUGUGUUUUACAGCUUGAGUGCAGUGAAGAACUUGGUGAUUUAGUGAAACAAGUAGAUCCAACCUUAGCCUUAUCAGUAUAUCUGCGUGCUAAUGUGCCAAAUAAGGUUAUACAGUGCUUCGCUGAAACUGGCCAGUUUCAGAAAAUAGUAUUAUAUGCUAAAAAAGUUGGAUUUACACCGGAUUACAUUGGGCUGUUGAGGCAAGUGAUGAGAAUAAAUCCUGAUCAAGGAGCAUCAUUUGCUCAGAUGUUAGUGCAGGAUGAUGAACCACUGGCUGAUAUUAAUCAAAUUGUUGACAUUUUCAUGGAGCAGAAUUUAGUUCCACAAUGCACAGCUUUCUUGCUUGAUGCAUUAAAAAAUAACAGACCCUCCGAAGGGAAUUUGCAGACACGACUUUUGGAAAUGAACCUUGUUGCUGCUCCGCAGGUUGCUGAUGCCAUCUUGGGCAAUCAAAUGUUUACUCAUUAUGACAGAGCUCAUGUAGCUCAACUUUGUGAAAAAGCUGGUCUUUUACAAAGAGCAUUGGAGCAUUAUACAGAUCUAUACGAUAUCAAAAGAGCUAUUGUUCAUACACACUUAUUGAAUUCUGAAUGGCUAGUAAACUACUUUGGCUCUUUGUCUGUUGAAGAUUCACUUGAGUGUCUGAAAGCUAUGUUGAGCCAUAAUAUUAGACAAAAUCUGCAGAUAUGUGUACAGGUGGCAACAAAAUACCAUGAACAGUUAACGACGACUGCCCUUAUAGAUUUGUUUGAAUCAUUUAAAAGUUAUGAAGGCCUUUUUUACUUCUUGGGAUCCAUUGUUAAUUUUAGUCAAGAUCCAGAAGUACACUUCAAAUAUAUUCAGUCUGCAUGUAAAACUGGACAAAUUAAGGAAGUUGAACGCAUUUGCCGAGAAAGCAAUUGUUAUAAUCCAGAAAGAGUGAAAAAUUUCUUGAAAGAAGCAAAGUUAACCGACCAGCUUCCCCUCAUUAUUGUGUGUGACAGAUUUGAUUUCGUUCAUGAUCUUGUAUUAUAUUUAUAUAGAAAUAAUCUGCAAAAGUAUAUUGAAAUCUAUGUACAAAAGGUAAACCCAUCUAGACUCCCUGUUGUCAUUGGAGGCUUAUUGGAUGUCGAUUGCUCUGAGGAUGUAAUAAAAUCUUUGAUAAUGGUUGUGCGAGGUCAGUUUUCCACAGAUGAGCUUGUUGAGGAGGUUGAAAAGAGGAAUAGAUUAAAACUUUUAUUGCCUUGGCUAGAGAUGAGGGUUCAUGAAGGAUGCAUUGAGCCUGCCACUCAUAAUGCUCUUGCUAAAAUAUAUAUAGACUCCAAUAAUAAUCCUGAGCGAUUCUUAAAGGAGAACCAGUACUAUGAUAGCAGGGUCGUUGGGAAAUACUGUGAAAAACGAGACCCUCACCUAGCAUGUAUGGCUUACGAACGAGGCCAGUGUGAUCGAGAACUUAUUAAAGUGUGUAAUGAAAAUUCUCUUUUCAAAAGUGAAGCUCGCUACCUUGUAAAAAGACGUGAUCAAGAACUUUGGGCUGAAGUAUUAAAUGAAAAUAAUCAAUAUAGGAGACCACUUAUUGAUCAGGUUGUUCAAACAGCUCUUUCUGAAACACAAGAUCCAGAAGACAUAUCUGUGACUGUGAAGGCUUUCAUGACUGCUGACUUGCCAAAUGAGUUAAUUGAGCUAUUGGAAAAGAUUGUCCUGGAAAAUUCAGUUUUCAGUGAUCAUAGGAACCUUCAGAAUCUCUUGAUUCUGACUGCUAUAAAAGCAGACCGUACCAGAGUAAUGGAGUACAUUAAUCGUCUUGAUAAUUAUGAUGCUCCAGAUAUUGCUAAUAUUGCCAUUGGAAGUGAAUUAUAUGAAGAAGCUUUUGCAAUUUUUAAGAAAUUUGAUGUAAAUACAUCUGCUAUUCAGGUUUUAAUUGAGCAUAUUCAAAAUUUGGAUAGAGCUUAUGAGUUUGCUGAAAGAUGUAAUGAGCCUGCAGUUUGGAGUUUACUUGCUCAAGCUCAGUUGCAACAAGGAAUGGUGAAAGAGGCAAUUGAUUCUUACAUUAAAGCUGGUGACCCAUCUGCUUAUAUGGAUGUUGUACAAACAGCUCAUAAAACAGAGAGCUGGGAAGAUUUAGUUCGAUACUUGCAGAUGGCACGAAAGAAGGCACGAGAAUCGUAUGUCGAGUCUGAAUUAAUAUAUGCUUAUGCAAAGACAAACCGCCUUGCAGAUUUGGAGGAGUUUAUAUCUGGCCCCAAUCAUGCUGAUAUCCAAAAGAUUGGUGACCGUUGCUUUGAAGAUGGACUUUAUGAACCUGCUAAGUUAUUAUAUAACAAUGUGUCCAACUUUGCUCGUUUGGCUAUCACUUUGGUGCAUUUGAAAGAAUUUCAAGGUGCUGUUGACAGUGCUCGGAAAGCCAAUUCUACUCGAACCUGGAAGGAGGUUUGUUUUGCUUGUGUCGAUAAUGAAGAAUUUAGGUUAGCUCAGAUGUGUGGCCUUCAUAUUGUUGUUCAUGCUGAUGAAUUAGAAGAUCUUAUAAACUAUUAUCAAGACCGAGGAUAUUUUGAAGAAUUAAUUAGCCUUCUGGAAGCUGCUCUUGGCUUGGAAAGAGCUCAUAUGGGAAUGUUCACAGAAUUGGGUAUUCUGUAUUCAAAAUAUAAACCAUCAAAAAUGAAAGAACAUCUUGAACUCUUUUGGUCUCGAGUAAACAUUCCAAAGGUGCUUAGAGCUGCUGAACAAGCUCAUCUGUGGGCUGAAUUAGUGUUCCUGUAUGAUAAAUAUGAAGAAUAUGAUAAUGCUGUUGUAACUAUGAUCAAUCAUCCUACUGAAGCUUGGCGUGAAGGACAUUUCAAAGAAAUAAUUACGAAAGUUGCUAACAUAGAGUUAUAUUAUAAAGCUAUUCAGUUUUAUGUGGACUACAAACCCAUGCUUCUCAAUGACCUUCUUUUAGUUCUGUCUCCACGUAUGGAUCAUACUCGUGCGGUCAAUUAUUUCACAAAGGUGAAUCAUCUGCCUCUUGUAAAACCUUACCUACGAUCUGUACAAAGUCUUAAUAACAAAGCAAUCAAUGAAGCCUUAAAUGGUUUGCUUAUUGAAGAAGAGGACUUCCAAGGCUUGCGUACAUCCAUAGAUGCAUUUGAUAAUUUCGACAACAUAGCUCUAGCGCAACGUUUAGAAAAACAUGAACUUAUAGAAUUCCGUCGAAUAGCUGCCUAUUUGUAUAAAGGCAACAAUAGGUGGAAACAGUCAGUUGAAUUAUGCAAGAAAGACAGAUUGUUUAAGGAUGCAAUGGAAUAUGCAGCAGAAUCUAAAAUGGCAGAAGUAGCAGAAGAACUGCUGUCCUGGUUUUUAGAUGAAAAGAAUUAUGAAUGUUUUGCAGCUUGUCUAUUCCAGUGUUACGAUCUUUUACAUCCAGAUGUUAUUCUGGAAUUAUCAUGGCGGCAUAACAUCACAGAUUUUGCCAUGCCAUAUCUCAUACAAGUGAUGAGGGAAUACAUUAGUAAGGUCGAUAAAUUAGAGGAGUUAGAAACUCAGAGAUUGGAAGAGUCAGCUCAAAAUGAGGCAAAACCUAUUGUUUAUGCUCCUGAGCCUCAGCUGAUGCUGACUGCUGGACCAGGCAUGAUAGGUGCUGGGUAUCAAACUUAUGCUCCUCCAAUGCCUGGAUAUCAAGGUUAUGGUAUGUAGGAGUCAGAAAGCUAGCAUCUUCUGUAAAAUUAGUGGAGUCAAGCAGCCUGCAGGUACCGGGCACACAGUGGAUGAAAUAGAACUAUUUAAUGUUUACAUCCUGUUAUAUGUAUAUGAAAAUGGAUGAGGAAAUGGGUGGAGUUAUAGAGCAUUUGAAUUGAAAUCUUAACAUUUUCAUCUUGUUAAUAGGUCAUUAUUAUUGGGCCCUCAUCAGUGUAGAAAUAUGUUAAAACUUAAUUUUUUUGACUUUUUAAGCACUUAAAAAUUAUGACCUGCAUUGGAAAACUUUUUUUCUUGGGUGUAUAUGUGCGAGUUGGUGAAGGGUACCUGAAUUCUUUUCAUUUUUAAAAUUUUACCCUGGUAUGCCAUUUUAUUCAACUUAACCAAAGGAAUUAUAAGUUUACUGAUCUUUAUAAAAUACAUGUUUUGUUCUUCGUAAAUAGUAGUAUGUAAUUUAAAAAAAUAUUUAAUCUUGUUAGAUUGUAUGUGCUUGUUGAUAUUGCUUUGUUAAAUCUGUUCUUUAUAACUUUGUAAAAACUGUGACAUGUAUAUGAUUUGUCAUUUUAUUUAGUUAAUUCAUAAAUAUAUGUAUAAAAUCUAAUUGUAUGGAAUUUCUUUAAACAGGACUUAUUAUAUCACCUUAUUAAAAAGUAAAUCUGAACUGCUUGCUGCAAUGUAGAUGAAGUGUUAUGUAUUAUAAGAGAUGUAUCAUCUUGAUGCCUGAAUAUUAUGUCACUAAUGUGGGCAAUUCAAAAGGCAUAUGGCAAAAGACUAUAAUUUGUAUGCUGAAGUUUCUUCCGUUUCCUGUAGCUGACCUAGACUCUAAAUUCAAAUAUGCAGUGUUGUAAGCAUUGGGUUAAUGCAUUCCGUCUGAAGUGUCUCACUGAAGAAUUAAAUAAAAAAAUACAUUAUGUCUGUACGGAUUCUUAUUUAAAAUCCUAUAUUUUUUAAUUAAUUUAAAAUUUAACUCUUUUGAAUUCCUUUUUUCAUUCAAGUAAAUUAUUUUUCUAAAUAAUGCAUAUAUAACAGAAGGAUUUUAUUUCUGCACAAGUAAUCUAAGAUGAAAAAAAUUUCCAUAUAAAAUGACAGUAUUAAAAAGUCUGUUAUAGGAAUUCCAUAAAAUAACAGGAUUAUUCUGAGAACUAAUUAAGUGAAAUGACCUUGAUAAUGUUAACUAUAUUCUGUUUGAAAAUUUGUUAAAAUCUUUAAUAAUGUAAUAACAUGUAAAAUUUACUUUUUUAAAUCUGUUUAAUAAGAUAAUGAAAUCAUUGUCAGAAAUUUUGAUCUUUGACACCUACUCCCCCCUCCUCUACAGUAUUUUAAAUUUAACCGUUUAACUUUAUUUUGAUGUAGUAUGUCCAUAAUGAUGUAAAUAACAUACACUGUCCUAGGUCUUCUUUAUUCAAAUAAGGAUACAUUAUUAGAUAUGAAUUUUAAAGAUAGCCUUACAUUGAAACCUAUUUAAACAAAAAGUGCAGUUGCAGUUUAUGGUUUUGAAAUAGCUACUUCAUGCAAUUGCCAUUGAGAAUUCAUCAUUAAAUGACAUUCCAAGUAUAUCUUAAAUUUUAGAAUAAUCAUGAGUGUUAGAUGUUUAAUCUGAAAAAUUCAAAAUAAAUUCAUGUUUACAUAAA